CUCUCUCUUUAGGUCCACCUCCUCCUUCUCUGUUCUUCCCCCUCACUAUUUGUCGCUGGUCUCCAAUCCCAAAAAGUCCUUGUGGAGUAGCCAGUAGCCAGCUGAGGAACUACCUAAGAGGCCCUGGUGGGGCAAGAUGCCCAUCCAGAUAUUCUGCACCAUCUCCUUCACUCCGAACCAAGAGAAAAAUACAGUCAAAGAUGCAGCUGAGAGUAACGGUGACAAGUUCCUCUAUAGCCGACAUGAACUGGAAGACAUGGAGGUGGACUAUGAAGAUGCAGCAGAACUGGAGAAAGAGGAAGAAGGAGACCCAGGUUUGGUUGCCUUUGUCAACAGCUGCACCUUGCAUGGGGCCAACCACAUUUUUGUGGAGAGUGGCUUUGGGGUUCGCCAGGCACUUUGGGCUGGUGCAUUUCUGUUCUCGCUGUCCAUUUUUCUGUACCAGGUGGCUGGGCGAAUAUUCUACUAUCUGGAGUAUCAUCACAUAACGCAGCUGGAUGAACAGGAGAGCUCCGAGAUGCCUUUCCCUGCUGUCACUUUCUGCAACUUCAACCGCAUUCGUGUUUCUCAGCUCACCUAUAGCGACGUGCUAUAUAUUUCUCCACUCGUGGGCUAUGAGGACAUCCCUUUGGACGCAGGAUUCCCCCUGGUCCCACCUGCCUUUGAGGCACCAGAUGAACCCCUGAAUCUGUACAACUUUUUUGACCGAAACAGCCAUCAGCUGGAGGACAUGAUGCUGACCUGCAAAUACCGUGGUGAGCCCUGCAGGCCUGAUGAUUUCUCAGUGGUGUUCACUCGUUAUGGGAAGUGCUACACAUUUAACUCAGGCCAGUCUGGAAAGCCACCAUUGGUCACUAUGAAGGGGGGAACCGGUAAUGGCUUGGAGAUCAUGCUGGAUAUUCAGCAAGAUGAGUAUCUCCCUGUCUGGGGAGAGACAGAUGAGACAUCAUUUGAAGCUGGGAUUAAGGUGCAGAUCCACAGCCAGGACGAGCCUCCCUUCAUUGACCAGCUGGGAUUUGGGGUGGCGCCCGGCUUCCAAACAUUUGUGUCCUGCCAGGAGCAGCGGCUUAUCUAUCUUCCUCCACCCUGGGGAGACUGCAAGGCAGUGGCCAUGGAGUCUGAAUUCUAUGACACCUACAGCAUCACAGCUUGCCGCAUAGACUGCGAGACCCGCUACUUGGUGGAGAAUUGUAACUGCCGCAUGGUCCAUAUGCCUGGCGAUGCUCCCUACUGCACCCCAGAGCAGUACAAAGAAUGUGCAGACCCAGCCCUUGACUUCUUGGUGGAGAGAGACAAUGAGUUCUGUCUAUGUGAGAUGCCCUGCAAUGUCACUCGCUACAACAAGGAGCUCUCCAUGGUCAAGAUCCCCAGCAAGGCGUCAGCCAAAUACCUGGCCAAGAAAUACAACAAGAGCGAGCAGUACAUUGGGGAGAACAUCUUGGUACUGGAUAUUUUCUUUGAGGCUCUGAACUACGAGACCAUUGAGCAGAAGAAAGCAUAUGAAGUGGCUGGACUUUUGGGUGACAUUGGGGGACAGAUGGGUCUGUUCAUCGGAGCCAGUAUAUUAACUGUCCUUGAGCUCUUUGACUAUGCUUAUGAGGUUAUUAAGUUCCGCCUCUGCCGUCGUGGCAAGUGCCAGAAGAAACACAAAGGGAACAACAGUGACAAGGGUGUGGCCCUGAGCCUGGAUGAUGUGAAACGCCACAAUCCAUGCGAGAAUAUCCGAGGGCACCCAGCGGGCAUGACGUACGCAGCCAACAUCCUACCUCACCACCCAGCCAGGGGCACCUUCGAGGACUUUACCUGCUAACUGACACCUGGAUGUACAACCAACGCUACCAAAGGGAAGGGCCCAUGCUGAGCAGCCCUGGCCCAGCCCAGCCCACAAACCUGCCAACCUACAUGUCAGGGCCUCUAUCUCCUGGGGAAGCUGCUGAAUCCAGUCCCUCCUCAUCCACCUUCCCCAGGCCGAGGCAGCGAUACGCACACGGAGCCAGGUGGACAGAGGUCUGUGGGGAGGGUCUGUGCUGCCAGGUCCACUCCAGUAACUGCUCUUGCCCCAACAAUGGCCUUGGACUUGAACUCAACAGAAGAGCUGCCAGAUGAACCUUCUUCUGUGUCAAGUGGAGGGGAGGGCACAGCCUUCUCCCAUCCAUACAUCCCCCCCCCCCAGACAUCUUGACUGUCUGUCCCUCUAUCUGUCUUCAUCCCGCUUUGUGCCAGGGGCAGCCGUCUGGAGUGGAGCCUUCUUUCGAAUUUUGAUGCCAAGAAGAACCUACAAGAGUGACAGCUGUUUCCCCCAUGGUGUGCCAUUUGUAGAGACUGCUUUGCCUAGCCAAAGGAGGUGCGUGCCGCAUCGCUCCCUUUCCUUUUCCUACCACCCUUUCUAUGUAUUGUCGGGGGGGCACAGCCAUACCUUUUCCCUUAUGGCAAGACUGUGACUAAGCCCGUGAAAGGGCCACGUAAUCAAAACAUGUCACCAUCUCCUUGUCUCAUCCAACUAGCAACUUUCCAUCUGGCCCAGCUUAUAUCCCUUUCUAGAUCUACAUCAAGUUCCCACAAUGUGAGGCAGAUGAAGGAACCAAGGAGGAGACUCCCAAAGUUGAAAACAUUAGCUUUGAGAGCUGCCAUUCCCCCCACCCCCAUACCCACCCAUGCAUGUUCUUAGGGAUAAUGUGAAAAUUCUGACAGUUUAGCAAGAAUUUCUCAGAAUUCUCAGUAGGAUACAAAACCAGAUGGUUUCAAAUGUAUUUCUGUACAAGUGUUUCUUGCCUACUGGAAGGAAAAGAAAGUCAGUGGAAUUUAAAACUUUGCUUUGCUUCCCACAACCCUUAACCCAGUCCUGCAGCUAGGAAACAGAACAGUGUCAUUCUUUCACUACACAGAAUUACAAGAGUGACAUAGAUUAGUUCCUGCCUGUUGGACUCAGCCCCAGGGCUUGAAAGGACACGAGGAAUCUUUGCAAAAUUUAGAUAAGUAACUAUGCUGAAAUGCAUGACAGAAAACUCAUUCCCCUGACAUACCUAUGGAAAACAUUGCUCAUCCUUCCUUACAGCUAGCAGUUUGCUGGUGAUGAACUACCACCACCAGAAAACAGAGAGCGUCUCCAGGGAAAUGCAUCCAAGUCAGGGCAAACAUUUGCACCCUCAGCACUGGUAGGGAAAAAAGCCAGCUCAGGGAAGUGAAGGAGUCAUUCCUGAAAGUUUCCGUAAAUCAAAUCCCCAGGAUCCAUCUGGUGCAAAGGUCUUGCCGAAACUCCAAAUCCUGUUUUCGCAACAUCCUUAUUCCAGUGUGAUUAUGGAGUCACCUGCGGUGCUAUCAAGCCUUUCAUCUGUCAUACUAGUAGUCGAGCUAAGAGCAAAGACUCUCUUGAGAAAGAAUUCUUCUUAUACUGGGAUUUGGGAGGUUAAAUGAUACCGUGGAUGGAAAGAGGAGGGUGAUUUGAAGCUUCCUUUAUGACAUUAGUGUUUGGUGUGGACGACCAUGUGGCCUGCGCCUAGCUAGUAAGGCAACAAAGACAGACGGAUGGUGUUGACUAUUAUUGUUGAGAAUGGCAAAGCUGUUCUUUUCCCCAGUUUAUCUACCAUCUUUCCCUGACUGUUUUCCCUAAUUCAGCAUGAUUUCAAACCAUAUUGGGGGAAGUGAUGAAGUUUGUCAUCCAGAAACCAACCACAAAGCAUAACCAAUGCAAUAAAACCACCACUGGUGACUCAGUCCUAUGGGAGGAGGGGACACUUGCCCGGAAUUGUGUUUUAUGAAAUGAACCUGAAGUAACCUUGUUUACCCUGCUCUGUUCUUAGAGAGGGCAUGCUGAAAGCAGAAUUUCCCAGAUCCGAUAGGGGAGAGACAGCUCUCUCAGAAUGUAGUAGUUGGGAGAAGAUCAGGAAGGCUGGAAAGCAGGGUACAUCCUCUGGAACCCACCUUCAACAUGGAUAAUUAUGUCCUUUCACUACCCCACCCACAGACUUCACAUGAGUGGGCGGAGUCAUCAACAGACAGAAAGUGAGUUAAGGUUGCCUGGGAUAAGCCAUAGUGGGUGAGUGCGUGAUGGGUCCUCUGAUGGGGCAUGGAACUGGACUUCUCGUCCCUCCAGGCCUUAUUCCCAAAGAGAAAAGGAAGACUAAAGAAAUUCUGAUUGGUUUAAAUGAAGGAGGUUCAGCUAAGGGCCCAUUCCCUGUGAAAACCUAGGUGUCUACCCUCAGCUCCCCAGAAUCCCCAGGCUUCGAUGACACAGGGGUACACCCCGUGAAAACUGCCUCUUGAUCUGUUUUGCCUGGUUGGCCCCUUAUGGCCUGCUGCCAAAUGGGAAUAGAUUUUUUUUGUUUCACCUUGAAAGGAAAUCAACCCCCUCCAUCUGGGCCCCACAUCAUGUAGUGCCUGCCCCAGUCCCCGGCACUGUCCAGUCUUUUCCUCCAACAUUAACCCAGUCCUGCUGCAUGUGCAGCCCCAGGGGCCAAAGUUCUCCUUAUCUUUAAGAGCUUUUGCAAUAAAACCUCAUUGUUUUUGUACAGCUUUUUAAUUCUUUGAUCCUUCUUAUUCCAGAGCUUGGUUUGGGAUUGUUGGCAUUGUGGUGAGGGUUGGUUUGUGCUUGGCCUCUUGAAUCAACCCAGUGGUCACGAAAACACGGCAACUCGACCACAGCCAGAAAAUUUCCCAGGGACCUUUCAGGAGGGCUCUUUCUUUGGAGGGUCUGACAUUUGUUUUCCUUCUGAUUAUUUCUACUUUCUUUUUUUUUUUUGCUUUGAAAGCUUUUGAAGAUAGGGCUCGGACUUGACCUUCUUUUCUUUUUCAAGUUGUAUGUCCAUUUUUACUACAUCAUGCUCAUUUUAUACUUCUUAUAUAUAAAAUAUAUGAUAUAUAUUAUUAUAUAUAUGUACAUAUAUAUAUACAUACACCUCUAUAUGCACCAUGCCAGUGUACAUAUCCAUCUAGUAGAAUCAAAAGCCUUGAUAUUGUGCCAUUAUUAUUUCUUUUCUUUUUUUCAACUACCAAUCUCUGAAUGCCUUCAAGUGUAUAAAGUGUUGAAUUCUCUCUGGUAUCUGUACUAUGUACACAUUUUCAUAGGAAGCACAAGAAGAUGACAAAAUGCAUUGUAUAUCAAAACUUGCUCCUCUUAACAAUGAUAUAAAUGAUAUCAACCAUGGA